GGCCACCCUGCAGACUCAGGAGGGUCGAGGGUCCUGCAGAGAUCUCCCCGCUUCCUCAGCGAGCUGCAGGACGGGCUGUGCCCCCUGUCCUAGGAGGCCCCCCAACCUGGGGCCGCCUGCACCGUCGCCUGCCGAUGGACGUCUUACCAGGCAUGGUUAGAUCUGGGUUCUGUUGUCUAAUACUGUCUGGUAAUGCCGUCCAUCCAUGGCCUGACCACCGCCAGACGAGGAGUCCCUGGAGGGACACCGGGGGGGGGUGGCCCAUGGGUCCUGGGCCCGUGAGUUGUGUCCACUCCAGGACCUCCCCAGCCCCCAUGACCUGUCUCGGCCCUAAUGGACGAUCUGCACAAUAAAGGGGGAGAGGUGCCUCGGGGGCUUCUGUUCCUCGCAGGGGCAUGGCUGGGAGGGGCUGGCAGGCACAGAGGGUCAGCAAGCAGUUGAGGCGGACACCAUGCUGUUGGCCCUGCCAUGGAGCCAAAAGAAAGCCCAGGGACUGCAGAAACCGCCCCCCCAGCCCCACCUAGGACCCUCUCCAGGAAAGCGACCUCAUCCCUCACCCCUACACGCCCGUACCCCCAAACCUCCUACCCAGGCAUGGCCAGCAGGGCACCCAGAAACCUCCCUGGGCCACUCUCUCCCCAACCCAGGCAGCACCAGGACCCCAUCAUAGGUGAGACCCCACCCUCAGCCUAGAGCAGAAAGCUCAGGGGGAGGGGUGGGGGAAGUGCAGGCCGCCUUUGCGUCCCUCCGUGGGCCUCAGGGCCCCCUUCCCCACAGGCCCAUCUCCAGGGCUUAGGCAGUCCGUCAGGGAGGGCCCUCCAGGUGCCAGACCAUCGCCAUGGGGACUGAGGGUCAGGGAGCCCUUCACCGUGGGCGGCCCUCGGGCCCCCGCCCUGCUGCUCCCUCUCCUGUACCUCACGCAGAUGUCCUCCGUCUCAAGCUGGCCCCAAACCGGACUUCUGGAGGCUGAUCCCACCUUCAGCCCCAGGGCUGCCCCCAGAGCCCACUUCCUUCCCUGUGAAUUCCAAGUGGGCCCUAGGGUCUGCCUCUGCGCAGGCGCUCUGCCGCCUGUGUCGGGGAGAAGGGGGCGUCUGGGGUUCUGGGGGCUCCUCCCCACCUUCCCUCCUUCCACUACCAAGUCUCUCCUGAGCCCCUCCUGCAAACUCGCCCCGUGCCAGACCCCGGGGAGAGGACCGCCCCUGGCAGGAGCGCAGGUGGUGAUAAGAGCAGCAGAGCGCGUGAGCCAGGAGAGCUGCCGUGUGGGGAGGGCCAGAGCAGCCGAGAUCGUGGGGGUUGGUGGGGGAGGAGGGGGCAAGGGUGGCCCAGGAAGGCCUCUGGGGGGAGACAACCAAGUGGGGACCAUGGGACACCCGCCAGAGCCGAGCAGAGGCGGCAGAGGCCAGGGGCUGCGAGCCGUCGGGACGGCAGGACGUCCUGGUUCCGUGUCUAGGCAGCACGGCCCGGUCUCAGCAAAGGCCCCAAGCCACGGGAGGGGUGCUGGGCCUUUCCCUCACUGCCCCGGCCCCAGCACACCCCCGCUCGGAGGCCCUCCACAGCCCACCUGCCCCCCGGCAGGUUAAUGACUCCCGUGCUCCUCCCCAGGCUGCCGAUGCGCAGGGACGCGCCCGGCCGCAGGCCAUUUCCACCGUGGGAAAGGCUGGGGCGGCACCACACCGUCCAGUCGGACGGGUUACGAGGCAGCGUUUCGGAGCUUGAGCUCUUGUGUCAGCCCAGGCCGGGGCCGCCUCCCCAGAACCCACAGGGAUCCAGAGUGGAGCCUGGGCGCCUCCAAGGAUUCUGGGCCCCCAGACGGGAUAUGGGGAGGGGAGCACGCGUUCCUGAGGGAAGACAGGAUUGGGGGCCCUGUGCUCAGGCCAAGGAGAAGAUCAGGGGCCCCACCCCCCGACACUGGCUGCUGCCCCAGCAAGCCCGGGCCGGAGGGGGGCGGGUAGGCGGGCAGUCACCAGCCGGUCGCUCAUCCAAGGCUUGGCUAGAGGAGCUCUCUGCCCUCCAGGCUGACCAUGGCCACCUCAGGGCAGAGAGUCAGAGACCACAGUCCAGCAAGACUGACCCCUGAAGCUCCCAGCACUGACACAGGCAGGCGAGGAGCCUGGGAGUAGGUCAGCCUCUGUGUGGGGUCAGGAAGGCCUCCCCAUGGUGAAGUCACCCACAGGGCACUCAAAAGGAGGAGUGACUUACGGGCUACGUCAGUCCCCCAGGGCCCCCGUAACGACGAUCACAGGCCCGGGCUUGAAGCGACAGAAACGUCCUCUCUCUCAGUGCAGGAGGCCAGAAGGCAGAAGCCGAGGUGGGGGCUGGGGGGGCACUCCCUCCCGAGUCUCCGGGGGAGGGAACCUCCCGCCUCUUGCGGCCCCCAGUGGCUCUAGGCGUCCCUGGGCUGGUGACCACUUGGCCCUGUCCUCACGGGGCUUCUCGCGGUCUCCUCUCUCUGCUCCCUCACGGGAGGACGCUGGUCGCUGGAUUUAGGGCCCCCCCAGAUAAUCCAGGAGGAUCUCAUCUCAAGAUCCUUAAUCAGUCUCCAAGUAAGGUCGCACCUGCAGCUUCUGGGGCUUCGGACAUGGGUUCAUUUGGGGGCCACCGUCCAGCCCAACAAGAAGCAAAUUAAGGCACCCCAGUAAGAGACCCCCUCAAGACUCUGGAGGGCAGCAAGGCCGUGGGACUGGACGGCGACGCCACAGGAGAGGCUGUGGUACAGGGAGUUGAACUAGAGCAGAUCACGCUUAGGAGACGCGAAAUCUGAGGUAGGGUCAGGUCCUAGGGUCCUGGCAUGGGUUGGGGGUCUUCAGAAGACUCAGGGAUAAUCCAGUAGAGGACACAAGGCCCACGUGGGGACUGUGCAUGGGUCCCCUGCUCCAGCACGAGCCCCAGCCCCUCUUCCCAGCUCCCCAAGGAGCCUGGCCUCCUGCCCCUCCUGAUCUCCAGCCAUGGCCGCUGGGCCGCUGUUGCCCAGAGACGGUUGCCAGGCCACCACUGUUGUUUCCCUGGCAGAGGGCUCACACCACCUUGCCGGGCAGGUACGAGGGACAGGCAGGCCGCCAGCGUGAGUCCUCGCUGGACGUGAGGGCUGUGGCCGCCAUCCUGUGCCUCCGCCCCAACCUGGACACCAGGGACCCUGUGCGUUCUGUCGGGACUCCGCCAGGAGCUGAAGGAGACGGAGGAGGGUUCACCUGGGUCUUCCUCUCACCAGCCUGGGGUACCAGUCCCUGCCGGUCUUUUUACCCAAGCAGCCGGCACCACCAAGGCCAAGCUUGGCAAUGCCAGACAGACGGUCCCCCCAGGGAAGGCCUCGCCGGGGAUAAACAGGAUGCGCAGAUGGCCCUGCGUCCACAGGGCUCCAGGCCCCACGGUCACCACAGAGACAGGAGCCAGCCACAAGCAGAAGCCCAAGCCCAGGAUCCCAGGAGGCGCCCCUCCCUGGGGCUAGGACCAUGGGCUGCCCAGAGGGCCCACAGAGGGCUGGGGGUGGUGUCUUUCCAGAGGUGCCCCCGCCCUGGCGCUCCUGCACCCACAGCCCGCAGCCACCCCCACUUCCUCCACCGUCGGGGACCACCCAGCCGGACCCACAUGAGUGGCAAGAGAAGCAAGCGGUCCAGGACUGCCAGGCUCCGGGGGAGCCACACCCGGGUGCCAGGCUGGGCCCAUGAGAGACCAAUGGGGAGCAACCAAGAGGAGCAGCUUCUGCGCGUGCUAAGCCGGCUGGAACAAGGCGCAGACCUCUCCGACGACACUGACGGCGUCAGGCCUCAGGCAGCUCUCCUGGAAAAGCACCUGCUGGACGGGGAGAAGCAGCCACACAGCAGCGGGCAGGGGCCCUACUUCUAUAUCGGAGGGAACAAUGGGGCCUCCAUAAUCAGCUCCUAUUGCAAGGGCAAGGGCUGGCAGCGUAUCCAGGACAGCCGGCGUGAGGACUACAAGCUGAAGUGGUGUGAGGUCAAGUGCAGAGACAACUACUACAGCUUCCGAGAAGGUGAGCAGCUACUGUACCAGAUUCCCAACAACAAGCUCCUCACCACCAAGAUCGGGCUGCUCAGCGCCCUGAGGGAGUACGCCAGGGCUGUGAAGACGGCCCACAAGACCCCGCUGUGUGCCCAGGCCAAGGUCCUGAAAAUGGAAGAGUUUUUCCCAGAGACAUACCGUCUGGACAUCAGGGACGAGAGAGAGGCUUUCUUCACUGUCUUUGACGGAAAUCACAUCUGGAUCUGCAAGCCCAGUGCCUGCAACCAGGGCAAAGGCAUCUUCCUGCUCAGGAACCAGGAGGAAGUCGCUGCCCUGCAAGUCAAGACCCAGAGCAUCGAGGACGACCCCAUCUACCGCAAGAUGCCGUUCAGGGCGCCUCAGGCGCGGGUCGUGCAGAGGAAGGCCAGCCAGUCUCCCGUCCCCAGCGCAGCCAGCCCCAGCCUUCAGGCCUGGAGCAGAGCUGACCACCCCUCCCUGGCUCCCUCUGCCUCUGGACGCGAUCCAGACCCUCAGCCUCACAGCGGGAGGUGGAGGAGCAGCAGUCUGGCCUCCCAAAGGUCCCUUUGGGGCUCCGUGGGACUCUGCCACAGCUGCAGUCUGCGCCCCCCUUCGGCCCUGGGCGUCUUGAGACCGACCGUUCCGUCCUCUCGGGACGCCUCCUCCCAGCCAUCCGCCCUUGCAGGCCCAGUGUCGGCCCUCCCUCCUCCAGGAAGUCCUCCCUGCCCACAGGGGCCCAAUCUGCUGCCACGCUCAGGGAGCCUAGUGAAAACUGCCCCGGUGGGGGGGGGGGCUGCCUGGGGGGGCGGGGCACCCCAGACACCUGCGUGGGCUGAGGGUUGGGGCCAGGCUCAGAAGUGUCCCUGCAGAAGAGAGAGCCCACAGACACCUGGGACAAGUGGUGCUGAGGAACUGGUCUGGGCCCAGGAGGGGACCAGGGGACACAGACUAGGCUGGCCAUGCCCUCAGCCCCCAUGUGUCCCCAGGUACAUCCAGAACCCACUGCUGCUUGAUGGGAAGAAGUUCGAUGUGCGCGCCUACCUGCUCAUCGCCUGCGCCAUGCCCUACAUGGUCUUCUUUGGUCACGGCUACGCCCGCCUCACCCUCAGCCUGUAUGACCCCCAUUCCAGCGACCUCAGUGGCCACCUGACCAACCAGUUCAUGCAGAAGAAGAGCCCCCUGUACGUGCUGCUCAAGGAGGACACGGUGUGGAGCAUGGACCGGCUCAACCGCCACAUCAACGACAAGUUCAGGAAGACCAAGGGGCUCCCCAGAGACUGGGUCUUCACCACCUUCACGAAGCGGAUGCAGCAGAUCAUGGCCCACUGCUUCCAGGCUGUCAAGUCCAAGCUCCACUGCAAGCUGGGCUACUUUGACCUCAUUGGCUGUGACUUCUUGAUUGAUGAGAACUUCAAGGUGUGGCUGCUGGAAAUGAACUCCAACCCCGCCCUGCACACCAACUGUGAAGUCCUGAAGGAGGUGAUACCAGGCGUGGUCAUGGAGACGCUGGACCUGGCAAUCGAGACCUUUCAGAAGAGCUUGCGCCACCAGAAGAUGCUGCCUCUGCUCUCCCAGCGCCGCUUCGCGCUCCUGCACAACGGCGAGGCGGACCUGUGGCCGCGCCUGGGGGGCCCCCGCAGCGCCCUCCGCCCGCCGCCCCCACGGCCAGCGGGCGAGGCCGACUGCUCCAAGCCACCUCCGCCCCGCGCCGUCGACAGGCCGGGCGCGCGCAGGCCCGCGCUGCCCCGGAGCCCCGGAGGCGCGCACAGGCGGCCGCCCUCGGCGCAGAGGCGGCCCCGACCGCCCGGCCCCGGCCCCGACGGCGCCCAGAGCGGGGAGCCCGGGGCCGAGCGGCCGCGCGCGGGCGCUGGGGACCCGGCUCGAGAGCCCUCCCCGGGGCUGGCGGCGGGGCGCAAGAACGCGGGGCUCCGCGGCUCCUAGCGGGCGGGCCGCCGGCGCCCCCGCGGGACCCAUAAAGGCUACUUUGUUACAAAGCGCCUCGGCUGAGGAUCGCGGCCCCAGCCCCCGGUGUCCCCCUGUAGCUCCUUCGCCACAGGCCCCUAGUCCACUUGCCUCUGCCCCACAGACCCCUAGUCCACUGCUGGGAUCUGUCCUUGGGGGCUGGGGUGGGGGGAUUAGGGGAGCGGGAUGGGGAGUCUGCCCUACUGGGAGGGGAGAAGCUCCCCACAGCCUUCUCCUCCGCCCUCCUGGCGGCCCCCCGUCAGGGCCUGGGCUCCUAUCACCCCGACUCCCUCUGGGACUGACAGGAAGAGCUCCCGCAGCCCCACAACCCACGCAGCCCCUACUGCCGGACUCUCGGGUCCCCAUGAAAAGGAGGGCUCCCUCACACCCAGCAGAGGGGGCUGCCCUCACCCUGCCCCAGCCCAGCCCCUUUCUGGGCCUUCAGAGCCCACGCAGGGGCUCUGCACCCCCCUUUGCCUCCCAUGGCCCCUAAGAUCCCACAGAGGCUGAGCACCUAGGCCGCGGGUGAGGGGCACAUGGCCACCGCAGGGCAGCCCCGAGGGACGUGCUGGGCCAGCACUGGCCCCACCCAGGCCAAGCCAUGCAUGGCUUCAGUGUUCCCAUUCCUCAUAGGCCCAGCCCUGUAGUUGAGGGAGAUUUAGGGCCUCGGAUGUGUCCAGGCCCCCUGCUACCUCUAGAUGUCCAGAGCCACCAAUAAUCCCCUCUCCCUUCCCCCCAGCCGCCACACCUUCCCAGGCCAGAUGCUGGGGUCCCUGCAGCCCAACCCCCAGCCACCAGCCCAUACCCCCACCAGCUUGUACAUCUCCUCCUCUGCUCCCUCGUGCGCUCCUGUCCCUCACCCCAGCAAAUGGUUACCACCGAGUCACAGAUGCCCUCCUCCUGACCCACCGGGUCAGGGGCUGCUGGAACCGGCUCUCUGUUCUGCACUGGAGAGCUGGUGGGACCUGGGGUCCACAGGGGUCUGCGGUUCAGCCACUGCUGGGGGGGCACCACUAGGGAGCACUGUGUGCCACCAUGUCUCAGGCCCCGGAGCAGAGGAGUGUCGCCAAGGCAGGGACUGGCAUCUCCCAUCCCUCCCAGACCACCCGCAGGACCCCUGCCACCCCAAUGCACUUUGUUGCACUCUAGGAUAUGGGGUCCCCAGACCAAAGUCAAGAAGUACACAUCGCCAUGGGCCUGGGGUCCAGGAGCCCUAAGCUCCCUCCCAGCAUGUCUGGUGGUCCAUCCUUGGGACUGGCCGAGCUCAGCCAUGGGCCGCUGUGCAGCUGCAUCUGUUGGCUCUGUGCUCUGAAAGCCAGGGAGGGAAGAGGACCAGCGUCCAUGGCGUGGGGGUGCAGGAGGGGGUGCCCCUCCUGGGCAAGCCAAGGGCACCCAGGCCCUUGUGAAACGCACACCUGCACCUUUGGGGUCCAGGCUACGUUCCCUGCUGGCAUCCAGGCCACUCCACAUUUCCUGACACACCCCCUGGGACCUCUGUGCCCCAUGUCCCAGCUCACAUGCUUCACUGACACGCCAUCAGCCCUGCAAGCCCCAUGGGCCACUGCCCCACACACAGUCAUGGCUCCUGACGUGGCCCAGUGGUGCCGUCCCCAGAGCAUCAUCAACGUGGCGCUCACGGAGCAGCCUGAGGCCCCAGUGACAGCCUGCCCCCCCUCCUCGGGCUCCCCCAAAGGCAUGUGUGCUGCUCUGGAGUCCCUGGCACCCCCUUGAGAGCCCAAAUGUCAAUAAACGAAAUUUCCCAAGAA